AUGACACAUCUCAAUAUCUCAUUUAAUAUUUUGAAUCAAGGAACUUCUCUUCCUUCCAACCCAAAUGCACCUGUAUAUAGAUUAAAAACGGUUCCUACUACGAUUUUUCACCAACAUAUAAAGAGAGCCUUAUCCUAUUAUGGACCUAUAGAAAUAAUGGAAGAUAAAUUCAAAAUUCGUUAUGAUUCUUCUUGGGAUGAUUUGAACACUAUGACCUCAUCUUCCCUGUCUGUUGACAUUUCAUCCCUUGGAUACAUGGAUGAUGUGAACUGGAUUGCCAGUUCCAAAGAAGAUGAAUAUAUUCUUGACCCCUUUCAUUUAAAAUUUGGAUCGUCCUCUAUCUCUAUUACACCAGAACUGGGUUCUGUUCACUUCCUCGUACCGUUUACAAACAACACCACUAUCCUAUAUAAUGAAUGCAAUACUCUCUCUGCUCCUAUUCGACGGCUAUUAAAAUCCAAUUCAAAAUUUGCCAGUUCAGCUCCAGAUUGUUUCUUCAAAGGAAACAACUUUUAUAAUUUGAAUGAUCUAUGGAAUCAGCAGAUGCGGUUAACUGGUAGACUUCAACCAUUAGUUGUUGGAAUCAAUAAAAUAUUUGAAUCCAAUGGAUGUCUAAAGAAGUUCAUGAACUUACUCCUGCUGGAAGAAUUAAAAGGCCUGCUUAUAAUAAGUAACACAAUGGCGAAAGAUGGCACAGAAGAUGAUUUUAUUAUUGAUUAUGAUUUUUUAAAUGAUGAAAAGAAGAUACCAUAUGGGGAUAAUGUUACAAAAGAGCUUUUAAAAUAUCAGAAUAAUACAAUAGUUGCAAAUAUUGAUGAUGAUUAUAACGUUCAUGGUUUAAGAAUGAUAACAACUACCUCUACUAGUUCU